GCUAAACGACGCAGCCAACCGCAACUUACUCGUACAUAUGCCCAACAAGGCUACUGCUGGCGAGCACAAAGGGCCCUUUGGCAGCCUCACCGAGCAUCUGCAAAAUCGGCCAUUGCUGGCUACUCGCAAGUAAUUCCACAUUGGCCUGAUAUCGCCGCUCGCGCCCGCUAGAUUCUUGCCCACGAUGCACGCUACGACGAACCGGCGGAAGCUGCUCUACCUCUAUGGUGGAGACCAGCCCUGGGACUCCUCCUUAUGGGUCACUUCUGAUGAUCGAGUUCGUGGAGGCGCCAGUCAGUCCCACCUGCUCAUGAUAAACCCAGAAAAGGCCCGCUUCUAUGGCCACCUCGAUACCAAGACGCUGGGCGGUGCCGGCUUCGCAUCGCAGCAUAGCUUGGGGGUGCUGAACUGGAACUUGUCCGACUACGAGGGGGGCAUAGUCGUUGCGGUGGCCAAGGCCGAUGGGAAACGAUACGCCCUGACACUCAAAGACGAGAUCCCACCGCGGAGGGGCGAUGGGCGUGAGGAAGCUGGAAUUAGUUGGGAGGCCGAAUUCGAGGUCGUUGAGGACGGAGCGGGCUUGGAGGUGAAGAAUGUGUAUUUGCCAUGGAGUGCAUUCAAGCCAACGUACCGAGGGAGGCCGAAGCCGGAUGCAAAACCAUUGAACUUGUCCAGUGUGAAACGAGUCGGGUUGAUGAUGCGAAGCUUUUUUGGAAAGCAAGAGGGAGAUUUUUCCAUUGAUAUUCAUGCCAUUGCAGCUGUAAGCGAGGCUGCGGACAAUGGGGUGGAUGAUGAUGAAGUUGAAGACGACCCCAAGGCUGCUAUGGCUGAAGCGGCGGCGGCGAACAAUUUGCAGAGUCGUCGAAGAAACUGGAUGCGUCUAUUAUUAUGCGGUUUGAUAUGAUUUGGGAGAGCUAACAAGAUGAGAGCAAAGGCUGCUCAGUCAUGGUCUUUUUCAUGCACAGGUCUUGUAUAUUUAAUGACGUUAUUGAGAAUACAGCUACGGCAACUUAUAUAUACACAAAAAAAGAGACGAUUGGCUCAACUGAUC